UGGCUCUACCCUGUUGAAUCAUCCCAGGAGGGCUGCGGAUUCCAGAGUGUAUUGAGCAUUUUUCGCGCAAUAUAAGGAGUGCGGGUACUCCUUCAGAGCACCGUCCAUGAGUCAAAACUACAAUUUCAAACAGGCGAGAGAGCUGAAUCCAUCCGCGGGGCAGCCACGUGCAGGUGAUUCAGUCUCAUUCGUUCCUGCGAUACCUCUCCAGCCGUGAAUUGACAUCUCUCUCCUGCUCCCAGGUGGGACAAAGCCACGCUUUUCUCCACAAGAGAUUUUGAGCGCUGGUGGAAGCUCAGGAACGGCUACUGCACCUCCAUCGUACUACUCGCAACAGCUUUAUAUCAGUCCGCGCGAGACGAUGCUGACAUCUGCGACGCGCAAUGAUACUCGUUAUCCGACACCUUUCGGACCCGAAUCUCCCAGAAUUUAUCCCGUUCAAGUCCCACAGACAAUGCCAG